AUGUCAGCGUUCUACAAAGUUUCAGAUUUUUUCUCAAGUUCGCGCAAGAGGAGGCUCCACCUGCAAGCCGCAGCUACUCAUGCUGCUGUCUUGGCGACGACGCGCCAACAUCGGAAAUGGGGUGGUUCGGUCCCAGAGCACAAGGUACUUUGGAGAGACAGGGAAGGCGCUUGGGCUGAGCUUGUUCGACGUUACUUCGCAUUGGAGCCGCUGUUCGACGACACCACGUUCCGGCGCCGUUUCCGAAUGAAAAGAAGCUUGUUCGAUAUGAUCUACCAAAUGCUUGCUGCGAACAAUGAGUAUUUUCGACAGAAACCUGAUGGUCUUGGCCGAAUGGGAUUUCAUGGAAAGCAUAAGUGUGUUGUCGCUAUGCGAAUGCUUGCAUAUGGAAGUAUAGCCGACGCACUUGAUGACGGUUAUGCCAUGGCCGAGAGCACUGUUUUGGAGUGCGUUAAGGAGUUUGCAAGAACUGUCAUUGCCGUGUUCGAGGAAGAGUACCUACGACCACCUAAAGAGGCUGAGUUGAAGCGGAUUCUUGAAGAAAAUAAAGCUAGAGGUUUUCCCGGGAUGAUUGGAAGUAUCGAUUGCAUGCAUUGGGAGUGGGGAUCUUGUCCGGUAGGCUGGCAUGGCCAAUACAUUGGAAGGAAGGGCCGACCGACUGUUGUUCUUGAGGCUAUUGCAACCAAGGACUUGCGAGUUUGGCAUGCAUUUUUCGGAAUGCCGGGGUCUUGCAACGAUCUCAAUGUUUUGGACCGCUCCCCUGUUUUUGAUGAUCUUGCCAAUGGAAGAACUCACAAAGUUGAAUUUUCAGUGAACAACCAUAAUUACGACAUGGGGUAUUACCUCGCGGACAAGAUAUAUCCCGAUUGGGCGACCUUUGUGAAAACCAAGAGUGAAGCUAUCAGUCCCAAGGACAAGGCAUUUGCCGAGGCCCAAGAAGCUGCAAGAAAGGAUGUUGAAUGCUGUUUCGGUGUCCUCCACUCGAAGUUCCAGAUAAUUCAACAAGCUGGCCGACUGUGGAGUGCUCAGGACAUGAACACGAUUAUGCAAGCAUGUAUCAUUCUUCACAACAUGAUCAUCGAGUCCGAGCGAGACAGGGAGCUGGAUGAGGACGAGUUUGCUGAACCCAAUGAUCCACCAAUUCGAAGGGACAGGAAUGUUGCCGAGCUAAACGCCUUCAUGUCCGCAUACCGCAAGAUCCAGGACCGCCUUACAUCCCACCGCCUGCAACAAGAUCUAAUUGAGCAUCAUUGGAUGUUAAAAGGCAAUGAAUUAGGGCCAUAUGCACGCCGAUCUCGACACUAG